UUGGCUCAUUUCAUCUUUUGUUGCUCAUUGCUUUUUUCCCAUGUUUUUGAAGGAAAAAAAGGCAAUUUGCUUCAGUUUCAAACAGUUAAAGAAGUUUAUGUGUUUAAAGAAAUUUUUGAGCAAAUACAUGCUGACGAAAAAGGGAAACAGACAGUUACAAUUCACUUAUGUUUUCUGUCAAGGUUUGUAUAUAGACUCCAGUAAGGAACAGAAUAAAAUAGAUUUACUCUGAGGUUAAGGGAGAAUGGAGAUGGGCUGCGUCAGGGAGCAGGGAGUGUUGGCUGAUGGGAGGUGUGGAGGGAACGGUGUGGUCGAGUGCAGAGAGAAUAGCAAAGUGAUAGAGCAGGCAGGUAGAUGAAGAUGAACUUCACAAACACUAGAACACAAGAAGUGACCUGAACGAGUCACUACCACUGACUGGAUGAUGUGACGAUGAGUAGACGGAGGACUGAAGGAGGUUAUAUACUGAAGCUGGAUGAGCUUGAUAAGAGUCAGGUGUGGAUGGAGUCAGGAGUCACAGCUUGACCCUGAAGAGGGAGAGCCAUUUGUUUGGAUAUCAGCAGAUACUUUGUCACAUCAGGAUCUUUGAGUGUUGAUUAUAGAGUAUGUGACACAUGUAAAGCUGUGUUUGACAGACAGCAGGUCCGUCAUCAUGACAUCCUGACUGGUUAUAAACUGAACAUGUUCAGAGUGUAGAAAUCAAACAACAUGCUGAAACCAGUCCAAUAAAACAGGAAGUGAUCAUUCUGUGUCUUUUAGAGUCACUGAGAUAAUUGAUGAUCAGCAGUAAUCAUCAGGCCUCGUCCCUCAGAGGGAGUUUCAGGUAAACACUGACGACAUUCAGAAAUAUGAGGUGAGGACAUUUGCAUGCUGGACGCAAAGAUUGUUUUGUAACAAAUGCGUCUGUAUGCAAACGUCCUGCGGGGCGGUGGGAGGGUCUGCUGUGUCUUUAUAAAGGAUGAAGAGGAGCAGAGAGACUCCUCACUGAGCUGCAGACAUCUAUCUUCUUCAUCAUCAUCCUCUGUAUCCUCAAGACUGGUCAUGAUGGGAAACAGCAGCACAACGUCUCCUCCAUCAUCUGUCAAUGACUCCAACAUCAGCUCCAACCACUCCAUCAGCGGGAGCCACUCCUUCAGCCACUUCUGGUCUAUGCUCUUGUCCUUUAUGGACAGUUACACUGAGAUGAUGACCCAGUGUCACCUGGAAACUGAUAAACUGGGCUGGUUAGUGGUGAAGAUCUUCAUACUGGUGACGGCCCUCCCAGCUAACGCAGGUUUGAUGUGGCUGCUGCUGAAGAGGAGGCGAGCCAUGACAGCGUCGGAGGUGCUGGGACUCAACGUGUCCCUCAUGGACGUCCUGUACUGUCUCUGCCUGCCUCUAGACAUUUACUCCACCCUACAUGAGACCUCUCAGAUGACCAGCUCCAUCAGAGAGGCCCUGUUUGCGCUCAACCUGUUCGGCUGCCCGCUGCUAUUGACCUUCAUGUGUUUGGAGCGCUACGUGGCGGCAGCUCGGCCUGUCCUCUACAUCAGGCUGGGGAGGUGGGAGUACCGGGCCGUGCUGUGUGCCUGUGCCUGGCUAUUCACCCUGGCCGUGGCCCUGUUGGGGUACUUCGUCCAGAUGUUCACCAUGGCUCUGUCCAUGUCCGUCACCAUCUCGCUGCUCUUCCUGCUCAUGCUGCUGUGUCUGCUGGGGAUCGUGUGGGUGUUGUGUCAGAGCGGCCCGGGCGAAGCUUCAGGGUCCAGCGUGCCGCUGAAGAGACGUGCUCUGAAGAACAUUGUGGCGGUGAUGGUGCCGUCAGUCGUGGCGUACUCUCCUCUGGUGGCUCUGGUCCCGUACGUGUCUGUGAUCGUCUCCCAGCCCACAGAGAGCGUCAGCCCCACACAGUGUACCGUCCUGCAGGUCCUGCUGCUCUUCCCAAACUUCGGCCUGUUCAUCGGCCCCACGUUCUACCUGUCCCGCUUCAGACGGGCGAGCUGCUGGGCCAAAGUGCAACAGAGCCCCAACUCCAAAACACAGACCGAGUAGAUCAUCUCUUUAUGUAGAUCCUUUAGCUGUUAGUAAACCGUAUGAUGUUUUUUGGUGGGCGGGACUUAGCUGGAGGCCAAACAUCUCUCCACAGGCAUUAGUGUGUGAUAUGUGAGUAGUGCAUUUGGAAAUAUUCAUUCUGAGUGUCGGAGCGCACUCAACAAGACGACAUUUUAAGACUCCUAUGUAGCCACAGCCCUGUUGGGGGGAGUCGUGUUUUGCCUCCAACUAACAAACUGACGUCACGGUGAUGUCAGCCCUAAAAGGGUCGGUCUGCAGCUAAUGAUGAUCUCAUUAUUUAUUCAAUAGGUGUGAUUGUAUUUAAAUCUGUACAGAA